AACCCCAUCACCCAACACAACUCUAUUCACAAUGGCCACCGAGCAGACCUUCAUCAUGAUCAAGCCUGACGGCGUUCAGCGUCAGCUCGUCGGAGAGAUCAUCGGCCGAUUCGAGCGCCGAGGAUACUCCCUCGUCGGUAUGAAGAUGGUCCACGCUUCCAAGGAGCACAUCGAGAAGCACUACGAGGACCUCGCCGGCAAGCCCUUCUACCCCGGUCUUUGCAACUACAUGUCCUCCGGCCCCGUCGUUGCCAUGAUCUGGCAAGGAAAGGACGUCGUCAAGCAGGGUCGAGCCCUCCUUGGUGCCACCAACCCCUUGGCCUCUGCUCCCGGUACCAUCCGUGGUGACUUUGCCAUUGACGUUGGACGCAACAUCUGCCACGGUUCCGACGCCGUGGACUCGGCAAAGAAGGAGAUUGCCCUCUGGUUCGGUGCUCAGGACGGUGCCAUCUCUUACAAGAGGGCCAUCGACCAGUGGAUCUACGAGUAAACUUGUUCGACUGCAUCCUGUUGGUCUUUGAGUGUCACUCUUGCGUAGAAGCUUCUUGGAAUAACAUACAUUUGUCCGAG